AGUCUAAAACUAAAGACAAAAAGGAAAAAAAAAGAAAAAAGAAAGAGAUAUUGUACUAAGGAAAUAUGUUACACUUAUCUAUAAAAAACCAAAUACCAAAUCCCGAAGGAUUUGCGUGAUUUAAGUCUAAUAAAUAUUCUCUUAGAUCUUAUAGGUCUCUGCUUCUUCUUCUACGGUGUCUCUUGGUUGAUCUUUUCGUAGCCAUGGAUGAUGACUAUUACUUGAGCUGCGAGGAGGACGAGGAAGAAAAAGAAGAAGAGGAGGAUGAUUAUGAUAUGGUUGAUAAUGAUCAAUAUGAGCAGGCUCAACGUGGAGAGUCCAAAAAAUCAACUAGCCAAAUCAUCACAAAUGAAUCACUUGUAGCCGCACAGAAGGAAGUUUUGGCUAGGGUUAUGGAACUGCUCACUCUCAAGAAGAGCCAAGCAAGGACUCUUCUCAUUCAUUACCAAUGGAACGUUGAUAAACUAUUAGAUGUUUAUAGUGAAAGAGGCAAAGAUAGUCUGUUCAAAACUGCUGGUCUAACUGUCUUUUCUCAUACGUCCUUGUCUGAAUCCAGAUACUCUCUGAGGAAGAAGAUGACUUGUGAGAUCUGCAUGGACGAUGAUUUACAAAGCUACACGAUGACGAUGAUGGACUGUGGUCAUUGCUUUUGUAACAACUGUUGGAAGGAGCAUUUUACCGUGAAGAUCAACGAAGGUAUGAGCAAAAGAAUCACAUGCAUGGCUCAUAAAUGCAACGCGAUUUGCGAUGAAGAUGUUGUUAAGAAGCUAGUUUAUCCCGAACUAGCCGAGAAGUUUGAUCGUUUCCUCGUUGAGUCUUACGUUGAUGAUAACAAGAGGGUCAAGUGGUGUCCAAGCACGCCUCAUUGCGGUAACGCGAUAAGGAGAGAAGACGAUGGUGGCGAGGUUGAAUGCUCGUGUGGUCAUCAGUUUUGUUUCAGCUGUCUAAGUGAGUCUCACUCUCCUUGCUCUUGCUUGAUGUGGAAGCUGUGGGAAAAGAAGUGUGAAGAUGAGUCCGAGACGCUUAACUGGAUAACGAUCCACACUAGGAUGUGUCCUAAAUGCAGCAAAUCUGUUCAAAGGAGUGAUGGAUGCAACCUCAUGACUUGUAUCUGUGGACAGCAUUUUUGUUGGUUGUGUGGUGGGGCUACUGGUUUAAGCCAUACAUUGACUACUAUCGAUGGUCAUAGUUGUGGUAAGUUCAAAGAAGAAAAGGUGAAGCAAAUAGAGAUAGCCAAAAGGGAUUUAAAACGGUAUACACAUUACUAUCACCAAUACAGAUCACAUACUGAUUCAUCAAAGCAAGAGUUUAAACUGAGAGAGAGUGUCCGUGAGAAGGUGGCGUCAUUGUCGGAAAAGACACUCAAGUCGGAGCAGAAAUGGGCAUCAAAUGGAGCCGAUCUGUUGUUCAGAUCAAGAAAAGUUCUUUCAUAUACAUAUGUUUUUGCCUUCUACAUGUUUGGUGAAGAACUAUUCAAAGAUGAGAUGAGUGAUGAGGAAAGAGAGAUGAAGAAGAUUCUGUUUGAGAAUCUGCAGCAGCAACUUAUAGGUUAUAUUGAGAGUCUUUCCAAAACUCUGAACCAGCCUUUUGAUGAUUAUAGUUCUGAUGAGUUGGAGAAGAUGAGUGAUGAGACCAUGAGGUUUGGUAUUGUGGUUGAUAACCUCUGCAAGGAGAUGUAUGAGUGCAUUGAGAAUGAGUUGUUGGGUCCAACAGUAGCUGGACACAACCAUAGCAUUGCACCUUAUAGAUCGGAGGGGAUAGAGAAAGCAAUUGAGUUUGGUGCUGACAUGGUCUGAGGUUCAAGCCGAUGGACUUCUAUGUCUGAGCAAGAUUCAUGAUCAUGGAACUUGUAGAAGGCAGGUGCUCUUUGUAGCUUUUGCUUUGUAAACUGUUGAUGCAGUGCACAACUGAACUUUUAUUUUGGUGUUUCUGUUUCAUUUUUUGUUAAAGUUGAGUUAUUUCUUUUUCUUCUUCACAGAGGAAUGUGACUGUCUAAAGAUGGCUCAUCAUCAUUCCUUAUAUAUAUCAAACAUGAAUAUAUACAGGGCCUGCUCAAUACCAAUGUGGACCCUGGGCAAAAAAAAAUUUGGACCCUAUGAUUAUUAUUUUCUUUAUUUCUAAAUGUAGGAUGUUUUAAAAAAUUUUAAUGUUUCAAUAUAUAAGAUGUUUUCAUUUUUUUAGGUAAUUUUUACUGUUGUUCAAAAAAAAAGAUAACUUUUACUUUACUAAAAACUGUACAACCAAUCAUAUUUAAUAAUCUAUUUUGUAAUUGGUUAAAUAUCAUUAAUUUAUAGUUCUAAUAUUGUUUUCUAGACAAAAAUUAACUUUUAUUAAUAUGUGUGUUUUUAACUAAACAUCCUAUAUUUAGGAAGAGAUGGAGUAAUUUUUAAUAUUUUGAUACUUAUUAAAAUUAUUUUUGGCCCCUAUAUAACACAUAUAUCAUUUAACCUUCGAAACCACAUGCAUAUACGUAAGGAAUUAAAAUGAUUAUAGUUGUUCACUUUAAAUUAUGUAUGAUGAUAAAAAGAAAAAAAAUAUUUGAAGUGGGCCUUGAACGGUCUCACUGAUCGCCUCUCUCCUAAGCCGACGCUGAAUAUAUAUAUAGCGUUUUAAUUAGCUUGAUAUGCAAAGUUCUUUUUUUUCUGAAGAAUGUAUCUUUUAUUUUUAUUUUACUUCAUCCUAUCUAUUGUAAUCUUACAUCUACUUUGGUUAAAUUUUAUUACUCACUACAAGUUCUUUUUGUUAAAUUUUAUCACUCGCUACAAGUUCUUUAUUUAUAACCUGGCUUCACCCCUGCAUACGGGUAGAAUAUGAAAAUUUUAGGGUUAUAAACAUUUUUAUAAGAAUUUUUUUUAACGCUGAAUAAUUAUGCUAUUAUAACUAUGAGAGAUAU